UAACGAGGGGGGGGGGGGGGGGGGAGUGACACCACUCACACACGCUCGUUCCUCAGCUGAUCGAUAAUCGAAAGGCAGCGCCUUUAUCCUUCUCUCGUCCCUUUCUCUCUCUCCCUCCCCGGAUCACCGAAGACCCAUUUCCCCGCCUGGCCGGAAUCCGGCGGCGUGUCCCGGCGAGACGAGGCCCGGCAGCAUUUAGCCGGAGAGAGCUGAAGAUAUGGACGUUGACUUCUGGUCGUCGCGCGUUCGCUCCUCCAAGCACCGCCUCUCUGCCAUCCAUGCUUCUGGGCUUCGUUAUGAUAAUCACAUAGUAUUGGAUGAUUCAGAAGGAGAUGAUGACUUCAGGGCUUUCUUUCCCUGCCCCUUCUGUUACGUGGAAAUUGAUGUAAAUAUUCUCUGCAAACACUUGCAGAAUGAACACUGCUUCGACUUGAAAAAUGCGGUCUGCCCUCUCUGUGCGGCAAAUUUAGGAAAAGAUGCCACCAGGCAUUUCAUAGAAGAUCAUACUAGUUCAUUAAAGAGGAGGAAACGAUCCAAUAAGUCUGGAUUCUGGACUGCUAGCUCAGCAUCUCUCAGCAGGGAGCUUAGCUCAUUUCUUGGGUCUUCAGCGCAUGUAAAGGCAAAUGCAUUUGAGAUGACACCUGAUCCGCUCCUCACACCUUUCCUACACAAUUUACCAUUCUCAGAUCCCGAUCAAGCUCAACAAGAGGAUGAUUCUUCUAUGGAUUCACCAACUGCUUCUGAUGCAAAAAGCGCUUCAUCGGACGAAGGUGAGGGACAAGACUAUGGAACAAGAAGGCAGAGAGCAGCAUUCGUUCAAGAUUUGAUAGCCUCAACCAUUUUCUAAGAUCUCCUCUUCUCGUGGGUUAUCCCCCCUUUAUUGUCGGGUGCUAGCGAUUGCGCAUUCUUUACCAAGUGACGAGCUGUGGUUGCUGAUCCUGGUGCUUGAUAGUUGAAAGUAGCUUAUGAAUUAUGUAUCUCGGGACAACUACUUGUGCUAAUUGGAAAUGGCACACGUUAUUGAAUUUUAAUCAGGCAGUGUAACUUAUUUCUUCAGCAAAAAGGAAGUAUAUAGAUUUCAUUUGUGUGAAAA